UAGUUUCAGUCGCAGAACAGGCGCAGUGCCGCUCAGACACGAAGAUCUAAAGUCGUGUGGCUAUUUGGCCGAGUUCAAGAUCAAGUUAACGGUGCGUCGUUGUCUACUGAUUAAAACUAACGCGUGCGAGUGAGACAAAAGUAUGCAAGAAAUAGACGCCGCAAUACAAACACAAAUGCAGUAAAAUCAGAAAGCGCAUUUAAAGAAACGUUUCGAAUGAUACUGUCGCAAUGAAUAUUUAUAUUCGUGUAAUUAAAAUUGAUACCAAUUGAAAAGUAUUUGAAAACGAAAACAAAGCAUGCGAUUGAAAAAUGGCAUGCGUUUCGAAGCAUAAGAAGAAGCAGUAGAAGUGACAAGUGCAAAAAGUGUUAAGCAAAGUCGCAGACGAAGAAAAUAAAACAACCGCCUAAGAGCUAAAACGUGGAUAAUAGCAACAAGAACAACAACUAAAGCAUAUAAACGUAGCAAAACCGCAUAACAUGUCAACAGGUUGCGGAAGUGAUGCGCACGACAACUCAAGGAUUCCUGUGCAAGCAGCGUCAACGACUGCGGCGACGAGAAUAUACAAACGCUUAGCGUCAGUGCAGCGCAGCAAGAGCAAGAGAACAGGCGCACAACGAGCGAGCAGAGCUUCCUGCACAACUACAACCGCAACAAGAGUAACAGAAAAGGCCUCUAAUACAGGCAAGGCCAGAGACGUUGGCAGUAAUCGUCAUCGAAAAUCGCAACAGCAACAACAACAGCUAGAGAUGACAUCACGUUCGCGUCACUGGGCCUGGCGGCUGGGCAUUGUCAUCUUGGGCGCUUGCUGCAUAGCCGGCGGCGUUUAUCUGCUGCGCAACUGGAUUGACAUAUUUACGCGCAUGCGCGGCAAGGAAAUGGCACUCAGCCCCACGUCGCCAGCGUAUGAGGGCUGGAAAGUAUCGCCGCUGCCGCUUAACUUUGAUGUUUAUCUAUUCAACUGGACUAAUCCGGAGGACUUAUACCAGGGCUCCCCGAAGAAACCGCACUUUGUACAACUGGGACCUUAUCGGUUUCGGGAGAAACCUGAUAAGGUGGACAUCGAGUGGCACAAUCACAAUGCUUCAGUGUCCUUUCGCAAGAAAGCCUAUUUCUUUUUUGAUGCUGCCGGUAGCAAUGGCACUCUGCAGGAUGUGGUAACCUCGGUCAAUACAGUCGCGCACGCUGGUGCUCGACGUUUACACCAAUUGAACUCGUUUUUUCAAUUUAUGGCAUCGACAACACUGAGCUCCACGCAGAAGGUCAGUGAGACGCGCACCGCCGAGGAGUGGUUAUUCAAGGGUUUCGUGAAUUCGUUAGUGACGCUGGGCAAAAUAAUUAGUCCGGAUGACGUUCCCUACGAUCGGAUUGGUUAUCAGUAUGAGCGCAAUGGAAGCACCAGCUUUGAUGGUGACAUCAACAUGUUCACUGGGGCCGAUGACAUUAGUAAAAUGGGCCAAAUCUAUUCGUGGAAUAAUAAGACGCAUACAGGCGCGUUUGAUGGUGCCUGUGGCAAGGUUAUGGGCUCAAUGGGUGAAUUUUUUCCGCCCAAUUUGAGCACCAAUGACAGUGUCUAUUUAUAUAUGCCCAAAAUGUGCCGCGCCGUGCCACUGGACUUUACGGAAACAAUCAGCGUCCAUGGUGUCACUGCAUACAAAUUCAGUGGCACCAGACACGCUGUGGACAAUGGCACUAUGUAUCCGGACACCAGUUGCCUGUGCGUGGAUGGCAAAUGCAAUCCGUCUGGUGUUAUUUAUGUUGGACGCUGUAACUUCAACACAUCCAUCUACAUGUCUUAUCCACAUUUUUAUCUGGCCGACCCUAGUUAUCUGGACGCUUUGGAUGGCCUGCAGCCGGAAAAGGAGAAGCAUGAGUUCUUCAUGGCACUGGAGCCCAACGCUGGCGUACCCAUGGAUGUGGGUGGUGGCUUCCAGGCCAAUUAUCUGAUGGAGCCGGUGCCGGGCGUUGCUCUCUAUGCGCGCGUGCCACGCAUUAUGCUACCACUUAUGUGGGCCGAGGAGCGUGUUCGUGUCAGCGAGGAAAUCGCUGCAAGCAUUGGUCUGGUUCCACUCAUUGUAAUGCUUGGUCAGAUAUUUACGGGCAUACUGCUUGCCGGCGGCCUUAUUUGUACCUGCUGGUAUCCAACGCGCCAGUUGACGCGUCUCUGCCAUACCGACGACCCCAAAGCCAAGGUGUCGAUGCUACGUCCGCUCACCACGUUUGGCGCCGGCGUCAGUGCGGCUAGCACAACACCAGCUGUUCAGCAGCUUUUCCGCCAGAAUGCCAACCAAAACGAUCGUGUGGGCGUGCGUCUGUUAGAUUACAGGCGCAGCUCGGGCAUUGAAGAUGGCGAUGACGAGAGCAGCGGCGGCAACACGUCUAGAGAUCGCCUAAUCGAGAGCCGCUCAACAGAUGUGAUAAUUAGUUAAUAUACAUAUAUCGUUGCAUCUUGCAUUUUCAAUAUAUUGCCUUAGGGGAGCCAAAGACAUACUCCGCGCCACGUCUCGCCAUUAAAACUCAACAGAUGUUAGUUAAUUGAUGUUGACUUUUGCCGAGUUGCCUCAUUUAUAUCAUUAAAUACGUACUAUCCCUCCACAUACACACAUAUCCAUUCGUACAAACAUCCAUCGUGCUCAUAUAGUUUCCUCACACAAAACAGCACCAACAUUCAUACGCAUGCUGCAGAAGUAUAGAGAGAGAUUGAUAAGAUUAUUUAUUAAUUAGUGCCAAAAAGUGAAAGAUAACCUAAACAAAAGUCAUUGACUAUUUUAGUAGCUUAACUUAACUGUAUAUAAGUGAUUAUCCUAGCUCCAAAGCUAUCAAUCCCCUUGUAUAAAUUUAAACUGCGCACGUCCAAAGUAUUUUUAUAUUAUAUAUUUAUAUUCAUAUAUAAAUUUAA